AUGAGAGAAGCUAUUUCACCGCAUGAACGUUUAAGUGCAACAUUACGAUUUUUGAUAACUGGUGGAACAUAUAAAGAUGUAAUGUAUUCGUCAGCGAUAUCAAGACAGUCAUUGGGGUACAUAAUUCCUGAGACAUGUGACGCAAUCUACUCUGCACUGAAAACAUAUUUGAAGUUCCCGAGUUCAGAAGAAGAAUGGCUAGCAAUUGCUGAAGAGUUUGAGCGUACAUGGCAAUUUCCAAAUUGUUUAGGAGCCGUCGAUGGGAAACAUGUAGCUAUAGUCCCUCCUGCCGGAGCCGGCUCACAUUUUUUAAUUAUAAAGGGUAUCACAGUAUUGUACUUAUGGGAAUUGCAAAUGCAAAUUAUGAAUUUAUUUAUGUAG